AGAAUUGCUUGAACCCAGUAGGUGGAGGUUGCAGUGAGCCAAGAUCAUGCCACUGCACUCCAGCCUGGGCAAUAGAGCGACUCUAUCUCAAAAAAAUAAGUAAGUAAAUAAAUAAAUAAGUAGAAUAAUGCCUUGCACUUGGGAAGUGCUCAGAAACAUCUGUCAUUGCGAUGAUCAUCACAGUUUUUAGAUUCUAACCUGUCUUUCUUUAAAUUCACUGUACACAUUUUCAUCUCGUAAGACAUCACUCACGCUGUAGAUCAUCUGGAUACUGAAUAUCACUCGGUGUGUCAGACAUAAUAUAUAACACUUCAAUAAAGAUAACCCGGUGUUGGUUUUUUAUUUGUAUAUUUGUAUAGUUUUUGUAUUGUCUACCAAACUGAGAAAUCAACACUGAUUUAAAGACUAUCCUAACCUCUUAUAGAAAAGUAUAGGAAGACAGAAUUAAGAAAACAUUCUGCCCAAAAAUACCUGUGUGUGUGAGAAUGUGGUGAAAACAGACCCAGUUUCUCCUACUGUACUCUCAGAACAGAGAACACGAUCCCAGAUGUCCUGGGUUUUCCCAUACACACACCAAGCGAGCAAUUCUGCACUGGACACCAGCUGAGUGACCUCCUAUUCAGUUCAAUUCUGACACUAUCUACCUGGACAUAGCAUCAGAUCCCACAGGUUGAGGGCUCAGUCCCACAAGAGUGUACCCACUUCCAUACCAGCUGCAAAUACAAGUGGCCUUUUGCUUCUCACUGACUGGCUUAUAUAUCAUGAAUUCCCAUGACCCUCUCCUCAGGUUUGAAUGAUUUGCUAGAAUGGCUCACAGAAAUCAGGGGAACACUUUAUUUAUAUUGACCCAUUUAUUAUAUGGGAUAUUACAGAAUAUACAGAUGAACAGCCAGAUGUAAGCAGUCUAUUGGGUAAGGUAUGGGAAAAGGAGCAUGGCAUGGUGGUGCUUUCCUGUAAUCCCAACUACUUGGGAGGUUGAGUGCUGUCUUUGGUGGGGGUCGGGGAGCAUUCUCAGAGCCUCCAUGUGUUUCCCUAUCCUGAAGCUUGUUCAGGCCCUGUCCUUUUGGGUUAUUAUGGGCGCUUCAUUACGUGGGCAUGAUUGCUUACAUCUUUGGCUAUUGGUGAUCAACUGAGCCUUUAGCCCCCAUCCCCUCAGGGGAAGUUGGGGGAUGGGGCUCGAAGUCCCAACUUUCUAAUCCUGCCUUGGUCUUUCUGGUAACCACCCCCCUAUUCUGAAACUAUCUUGGGGCCUCCAGCCACCAGUCAUCUUAUUAGCUUACAAAGGCACUUAUCACUCCAGAGAUUCCAAGUGAGAUGUAUGUCAGGAAAGGGGGAUGAAGACCAUAUGUAUAUUUUAUUAUAUCACAACUUCGAUGUUGUUCCACUCACUUCAGUUUCAUCUAUUUUCCCUCCUCAUUUUAUGUGAUGUUUGGAACUUUCUUCAUAUCCCCUUGGUGAAUGUGUUUUUCAUUUUAGGGACAGGUGACAUUCAGGGAUGUGGCUAUAGAAUUCUCUCAGGAGGAGUGGACAUGCCUGGACCCCGCUCAGAGGACUUUGUACAGGGAUGUGAUGUUGGAGAAUUAUAGGAACCUGGCCUCCCUGGUAUUAUCUCUAUGUUGGAGCAAGGGAAGGAGCCUUUCACUGUGGAGAGCCAAGUACAGAUAGCAAGAAACCCAGAUGGAUGGGAAUGGAUCAAAGCCGUAAUUACAGCUCUCUCUUCUGAAUUUUUAAUGAAAGAUUUACCACACAAAGGGAAGAGUAAUAAAGGAGAAAUACUCCAAACAGUGAUGUUGGAAAGACAGGAAAGCCAUGACAUUGAAGGCUGUUCCUUCAGGGAAGUCCAGAAAAAUACGCAUGACCUUGAGUAUCAAUGCAGAGAUGCUGAAGGAAAUUACAAAGGAGUGCUUAUGACCCAAGAAGGCAAUCUCACUCAUGGAAGAGAGGAACAUGAUAAAAGAGAUGCAAAAAACAAGCUUAUUAAAAAUCAGCUUGGAUUAAGCCUUCAGUCACAUCUGCCUGAACUGCAGCUUUUUGAAUAUGAAGGGAAAAUUUAUGAAUGUAAUCAGGUUGAGAAGUCUUUCAACAAUAGUUCCUCAGUUUCAUCACUUCAACAAAUGCCUUAUAAUGUCAAAACGCACAUUUCUAACAAGUAUCUCAAAGAUUUUAUCUCUUCUUUAUUACUCACACAGGGGCAAAAAGCAAAUAAUUGGAGAAGCCCUUACAAAUCUAAUGGAUGUGGCAUAGUCUUUCCUCAUAAUUCACACCUUGUGAGUCAUCAAAGAAGUCAUACUAAAGAGAAACCUUACAAAUGUUAUGAGUGUGGCAAAGCCUUUAGAACACGUUCAAACCUAACUACCCAUCAGGUAAUCCAUACUGGCGAAAAACGUUACAAAUGUAAUGAGUGUGGUAAGGUCUUUAGUCGAAAUUCACAACUCUCACAACAUCGGAAAAUUCACACUGGAGAGAAACCUUAUAAAUGUAACGAAUGUGGCAAGGUCUUCACUCAGAAUUCACACCUUGCAAGACAUCGAGGAAUUCAUACUGGAGAAAAACCUUAUAAGUGUAAUCAGUGUGGGAAAGCCUUUAGAGCUCGUUCAAGCCUAGUUAUCCAUCAGGCAACCCACAGUGGAGAAAAACCUUACAAAUGUAAUGAAUGUGGCAAAGUCUUCACUCAAAAUUCACACCUUACAAAUCACUGGAGAAUUCACACUGGAGAGAAACCUUACAAGUGUAAUGAGUGUGGCAAAGCCUUUGGUGUUCGUUCAAGCCUAGCUAUUCAUCUGGUAAUUCACACCGGAGAAAAGCCUUACAAAUGUCAUGAAUGCGGCAAGGUCUUUAGGCGUAAUUCACACCUUGCAAGGCAUCAGCUAAUUCAUACUGGAGAGAAACCUUACAAGUGUAAUGAGUGUGGCAAAGCCUUUAGAGCACAUUCGAACCUAACCACCCAUCAGGUCAUCCAUACUGGAGAAAAACCUUACAAAUGUAAUGAAUGUGGCAAGGUCUUCACUCAAAAUUCACACCUUGCAAAUCAUCAAAGAAUUCAUACUGGAGUGAAACCUUAUAUGUGUAAUGAGUGUGGCAAAGCAUUCAGUGUGUAUUCAAGCCUAACUACCCAUCAGGUCAUCCAUACUGGAGAAAAGCCUUACAAAUGUAAUGAGUGUGGCAAGGUCUUCACUCAGAAUUCACACCUUGCAAGACAUCGGGGAAUUCAUACUGGAGAGAAACCUUAUAAAUGUAAUGUAUGUGGCAAGGUCUUUAGGCAUAAUUCAUACCUUUCAAGGCAUCAGCGAAUUCAUACUGGAGAGAAACCUUACAAGUAUAAUGAGUAUGGCAAAGCCUUUAGUGAACAUUCAAACCUAACUACCCAUCAGGUCAUCCAUACUGGCGAAAAACCUUACAAGUGUAAUGAGUGUGGCAAGGUCUUCACUCAGAAUUCACACCUUGCAAGACAUCGGAGAGUUCAUACUGGAGAUAAACCUUACAAGUGUAGUGAAUGUGGCAGAGCCUUUAGUCAAACAUCAAAGCUUGCAAGGCAUCAGAGAGUUCAUACUGGAGAGAAACCAUAUGAGUGUAAUCAGUGUGGGAAAGCCUUUAGUGUCCGUUCAAGCCUAACUACCCAUCAGGCAAUCCAUAGUGGGAAAAAACCUUACAAAUGCAAUGAGUGUGGGAAGGUCUUCACUCAGAAUUCACACCUUGCAAGACAUCAAGGAAUUCAUACUGGAGAAAAACCUUACAAAUGUAGUGAGUGUGGCAAAGCCUUUAGUCAAACUUCAAAACUUGAAAGGCAUCAGAGAGUUCAUACCGGAGAGAAACCAUAUGAGUGUGGGAAACCCUUUAGUAUCUGUUCAAGCCUAACUACCCAUCAGACAAUCCAUACUGGUGGAAAACCUUACAAAUGUAACGUGUGGAAAGUUCUAAAGUCAGAGUUCAAACCUUGCAAGUCAUCACAGGAUUCAUAGUGGGGAGAAACCUUACAAAUGAAGGUGGUAACUUUUGCAGUUAGAAUUCAUUCCUUUGACAACAUCAGAGAAUUUAUUCCUGAGAGAUUCCUUGAAAAUGCAAUGACUGGCUGGACGCGGUGGCUCACGCCUGUAAUCCCAACACUUUGGGAGUCCAAGGCAAGUGGAUCACCUGAGGUCACGAGUUCAAGACCAGCCUGACCAACAGGGUGAAACCCCAUUUCUACUAAAAGUGCAAAAUUAGCUAGGCCUGGUGGCACAUGCCUGUAAUCCCAGCUAUAUAGGAGGCUGAGGCAGGAGAAUCACUUGAACCCAGGAGGUGGAGGUUGCAGUCAGCCAAGAUCGUGCCAUUGCACUCCAUCCUGGGCAAAAAGCAAAACUCCAUCAUAAAGGAAAAAGAAAAUGCAACGACUGUGGCAAACUCCUCUUGAGUUCAAGUAUUAAUAGACAUCCAAGAAUCCAUAAUAAUGAGAAUUCACAUAAAUGUACUGUGUGUGGCGGAGGCUUUAUUCAGGCCUCACAGCUUUGUAGGCAUUAAAAUCUACGUAUUUGAUGGAACCACACAAAUGCAAUGUGUAUCCUGAAGCUCUUACUCUAAGACUGUAACUGUAGGUGAGGAUUCAUAUAAAGAGUGACUCAGUCUCUAAUUCUUUGAUUCACUUUUAAUAUGAUAAACUGCACGAUAAUUACACAUCCCCAUAUGGUAAAACUUAAGACAUUAUAUAUUUCAAAGGUUGAAGGACAUUUGGAAAUGGCUGCUUACCUUCAGGUUAUAAAAUCUUUCAUUCCAUUGUUUGAGGUUUCUUAAAAAGAGUACUGUUUGUGACUUUCAACCUGAACUAUGGAUCUGUGGCUAUUUUGCAUCCUUAAGCACCUUUCAUGGUGCCUGUCUGGGAAAGAAACGCAGUUAUGAAGAAACGGUAGGAAAGGGCUACUUCGUUACAUGAGGAUAAUUUUUAUCUACGUUUAUUGAAGAAGGAGGACUCUUCCUUAUAAAGUUAAAUAUUCUCUCAAUUGAGAGACCAUGGUUUAGGAGCAGAAAAAUAAUGUAAAACUAUGAUUAAUCAGUCGUCAUA